AUGGUGUAUGUGUUCCCAAUUGAGCGUACUAGCCAGAAGGCUAUAAUCGGGAGCGCAGUUAUUUUCUCAUUGCUACCGGUGAUUGCUGUUGUUUUACGAAUAGUGGCGCGGUCGAGACUCAAGCAGUUCUCUCUUGAUCUGAGCGACUGGCUCAUUAUAUUGGCAUGUAUCGUAGCAGUCGCGUAUCAAGCACUUGCAGUCGCCUGCGCUGUGGUGGGGGGGAUGGGAUACCACACGAGCGAAGUCCUUGCGAUGGGAGGACAGGAGUCGUUCACCCUUCUCAUGAAGCUUGUAACCGUGGUCGUGGUCUUCUGGUCGCUCAGUCUCGGGUUAACGAAAAUGUCCAUUCUCGCCUUGUACACCAAGAUCUUCUCCAUUAGGAGCUUUAUCCUAAUCAGUCAAGCCUGUGCGGUAUUCGUCAUUAUCUGGGCCAUGGUCCUGUUUAUUGGUGCCUUUGUUAUCUGUACGCCGGUUGAGUUUAACUGGGAUAAAUUCUCAACCGUGGGAACCUGUGGCAACAUCCGGAUGUUGUGGGCCGUAACCGGGGGGCUUAAUAUCUUCUCUGAUCUGGUUAUUAUGCUCCUUCCCAUGCCAUAUCUUUACGGCCUAACGCUACAGAUGUACAAGAAGGUUGGAUUAAUGGUGACCUUUGGAAUUGGGCUUGCAGUCUGCAUUGUAAGCGCCGUCCGACUUGCCGAGAUUGUAAAAAUCGACAUGAACGACUUCCCAUUUUCCGGCGGUAUCGCACUCGCGUUUAGUGCACUGGAACCCUGUCUGCUAGUAACCGCAGCAUGUAUCCCGCUUCUCCGCCCAUUAGUAUCUCGAAAUAAAUCGACAGCUGAUGCCAGCAGCUACGCCAGAGGCAAUACUAUAAGCAAUACCGGAGCUCACUCUGCUUCUCAGAUGGGGGGGUUCUCGGAACUCCCAGACGACGACAGCUCGACGAGGCAACUACACAUGGGACGGUCUAAAUUUGGUGGCGGGGCAAUUGCUGCGGCAGAUGGCAAUUCCUUUGAUUCCUCUUAUAGAGCGGAUAACCACUACACCAACGUGGAGUUGAAAGCCAUUACGGUUACAAGAGACUGGAAGGUUGAAGAAUCUGCUGCCUGAAGCACUUUAGACAACGUCUG